UCUUUUACCAUCAAUGGUCGAGUAUUUUAUUUAACUGAUUAUAGUUCUCUGCGAUGCAUUUACUUUGGUGUUGGCUUUUUUUAUUCUUAGUAGUUUAUUCUUUUCAUGUUGAUUUUUCGUUGUGGUGGAUUUGAUCGUUAAGUUGCCAGAUGAUGAUUUGAAAUAAUUGCGCAAGGGUUAUGAGUUUCAGGAAGACUGGAGGAUUGAUACUCUGAUCUGAAUGAACCCGUGACAAAAUCAUUUUCUUCUUCUCGAACUCUGAUGGCAACUGCUGAUCUAUUUUUUCAAAAAAAGUUUUCAGAUUUGAAUUUGUAUUCUUAGCUAUAGAUAAUUUGUUUUAGAUAGUCGAUCUGUAUAUAACUUUAGGUCUGAAGUAGCAGCUUAGAUUAUCUUAUGAUGAUGAUUCAUGUUCUGCACCUCUUUUGGCCUGUGAUGAUUCUGCUCUGCCCCUUGAUUGUAUUUAGGAACUGAGAAGUACUUUAUUUUUCUUUGUCAUUUUGAUAAGUUUAGACAUAAGUUGCUGUUGAUGUGUGGAGGUGAGUAUUGCAUUCUGUAAUCUCAAGAAAAUCAUUGAAGUCGUUAACCUUCUAGAUCUCGUUUAAUGGCACCUAAUUCAUAACAUUUUCAACUUUAUUGUUUUGAGUUUGGUGAUUUGAGAUUAAAAUCAGCUCCAGUUGGUACAAAUUUUUUUGAAAUUGCAUUGAUUUAUUACUGUUUUUGUUGUUGUUGUUGCUGUCUAUAUGCCUUAAACACUGCAUGCAAUACUUAAAAUAUCUUACAUGAUCGUUGUUUCAAAGGCAAUGAAGCACGUGGUGAAGAUCUUGAGCCUGCUAGUGGCAGUCUCUGCGUUUUGGAUUGUUCUUUUGCAGGCUGCAAUUGUUCCACAAAGUCAUACGUGGUUGCUACCGAUUUACUUUGUAGUUUCACUUGGAUGCUAUGGUCUAUUAAUGGUUGGAAUCGGGAUAAUGCAGUUCCCUACCUGUCCUCAAGAAGCAGUUCUCUUGAACCAUGAUAUUGCAGAGGCAAAAGACUUUUUUUUAAGCACAAAUGGAAUAGAUAUUGGAACGUAUUGACACAUUUUGUAAUAUUCUUCCUGUUGACUCCCUAGCAUUAACAUGUUUCUCAUUCUGUAAUAUUUUGCAA